UCAACUUCCUGCAAUGAAACUCCCUGGAGGAGUCAUCAGAUUCUCGAUCUUGCUUGAAGACUGACAAGAUGUCCCUGUGGACUCCCAAACUCUACUCCAGAUGGAGAGAGGUCCUUAACACCAAGAUUUUAAAAGCUCCAAUUUCAGGGCAAGAGUAGAAAACUCACAGGGAAAGUCACAGUUGUUUCAAGGUUCUGAAAAGAAGCAGAACAUGAAGGGACUCAGAAGUCUAGCAGCAACAACCUUGGCUCUUUUCCUGGUGUUUUUUUUCCUGGGAAACUCCAGCGGCGCUCCGCAGAGACUGUUGGAGAGAAGGAACUGGACUCCUCAAGCUAUGCUGUAUCUGAAAGGGGCACAGGGUCGGCGCUUCAUCUCCGACCAGAGCCGGAGGAAGGACCUCUCCGAUCGGCCACUGCCGGAAAGACGAAGCCCAAAUCCCCGACUACUAACUAUUCCGGAGGUAGCAGCCAUCUUACUGGUGUCCCUGCAGAAGUCACCAGAAGAUGAAGAAAAAAAUUUUGAUCAACCUAGAUUCCUGGAAGAUAGUCUGCUAAACUGGUGAAAAUAUACUAGAUUAUGUUUAAUUAUAGUGCUAGUCUCUUUGAAAACAUGAACCAUACGAAUAAAACCUUUGGACUCUUUUAUUCCAUUUGUAAUCUUAAGAAUACACACAGGUAGUUUUAUUAUUUCAGAAACAAAAAAAAAUACAUAGGAUGCUCAGCUGAGAACAUCAUCAUCUUCUUUCAUUGUUUCAGGUCCUGUUUAGAUCACCAAAAAUGUUGAGAUCACCUUGUGUCUUACUCUUGAGUUUCUUAGAGUAUUUAUAAUUAUAAGGCUGAAGACUAAAGUGUUCUUUCCUUUUAAUUACAGCCAGUAACUGUCUUGAUCUUAGUUUUGUUUUUUUUUCUUCAUUUUGUUACCCACUUGCAUUUUGUUUUCACUCAGCAGAAAUUCUCCCUCUCUGUUUUCCUUUUAACCCAUCCCAAAGAGGUGGGAUGAAGUUAAGAAGCUUGGCAGGAUGGGAAAUAGGAGAGUAUGACUCUCUAGAGCUCAUCCAGGAGUGGUCAAUUAAGAAGAUAAAUUGGAUGGCUGGGGAGAAGCCCUGUGAUAGGAACGCUUCAGUGUGGUUGCUGGGAGGAGACAGUCAUUGAGGUAGCAGGCUUGCCAAAGAUCCAGAGCUUGGAGCUCCCCUUGUGCCCUUUGGGAACUACCUUGCAUUCAGUUUAGAAACAUGUAUCUACAAGUUACUGGGAAAUAAGUGUGUCUCUAUUAGACACACUCUGUUGUUUACAUAUGGGAAGAGGGAACAAGCCAGUUUUGUUAGAAGUAACUCAUUUUCCAUUGCCAAACAGACUCAGCAGAUUCAUGUACUCUGCUUACUCUGAUUGACUAGACUCUAGAUUUUAUUUGACCUCAUAGCAUUACAUAAAUCACUCUGAUAACAUAAGUGCACAGUUAUAUGCCUGAUUUCCUCCUUUUUAGAAGCCAGCUUGAGUUCAGUACCAUCUGAAUAUACACACACACAUACAGUCCUGUGGCAAAUAUAAUAAUGUAUUUAUUUAAAAUUACAGUAUGACCAUCAUGUUAAUUAUUCUUUUACCUAAUUCAGAGUUGUUAUUGACAAAUGUCAUAAGUGGAAAGUAUUGUUAAUUUUUAUUGUCAUCAGUAUGUAGCCAUUAUUUAAUAGCCCAAGAAUAUCUUUAUAUGAAUAUCUUUGUAACGUGGGAUUGCAAUUUCACUGUGUUAAGUAGUCAGAACUCUGCUUAUAAGAUUUAUCUGUAUCUUGUUUCAUAAUAAUGUAACUAAAUUCAAGUUAAUGUAAUGUUGAUCUCUGUCAAAAAAUAACUUGUGAGCAUUAAAAAAUCUGUGUGGCAUUAUAA